AUGCCUGGUGUUGUCGAGUACCCCGCCUCUGCCUCUGGCCGGCUACUACUUAUUUCUAAUCGCCUGCCCAUCACGAUCAAGAAGCGCGCCGAAGAUGGCGAAUACAGCUUUUCCAUGUCCUCUGGCGGCCUCGUCACUGGCCUGAGCGGCCUCGCCAAGACCACAAGUUUCCAGUGGUAUGGCUGGCCCGGUUUGGAGGUACCAGAGGCUGAAGCUGGCCCAUUGCGCGAGCAGCUCAAGGAGAAGCACAAUGCGAUUCCGGUGUUUGUCGACGACGAGCUUGCAGAUCGCCACUACAACGGAUUUGCUAAUUCGAUUCUCUGGCCGCUCUUUCACUACCACCCCGGCGAAAUUACAUUCGACGAAUCUGCAUGGGCGGCCUACCGCGAGGUAAACAGGUUGUUUGCCCAGACAGUUGCCAAAGAUGUGCAGGACGGCGACCUGGUGUGGGUGCAUGAUUACCACCUGAUGUUGCUGCCGCAGAUGCUGCGGGAGGAAAUUGGCAACACAAAAAAGAACAUCAAGAUCGGGUUUUUCUUGCACACCCCUUUCCCUAGCAGCGAGAUCUACCGCAUUCUACCCGUCCGGGAACAGCUGCUGCUGGGCAUCCUCGACUGCGAUUUGAUCGGGUUCCACACGUACGACUACGCGAGGCAUUUCUUGAGUAGCUGCUCGAGGAUAUUGCAAACCUCGUCAACACCAAAUGGCGUGGAAUGGAACGGGCGGUUCGUGACAGUCGGCGCGUUCCCCAUCGGUAUCGAUCCUGAGAAAUUCGUCGACACGCUCAAGAAGGAGGAAGUCCAGAACCGUAUUGCUGCUCUCAAGCGCAAGUUCGAGGGCGUCAAGCUCAUUGUGGGAGUCGACCGGCUCGAUUACAUCAAGGGCGUGCCGCAGAAGCUACAUGCCUUGGAAGUGUUCCUCACGGAGCACCCCGAGUGGAUCGGCAAGAUCGUCCUAGUGCAGGUCGCGGUCCCAAGUCGUCAGGACGUGGAGGAGUACCAAAAUUUGCGGGCGGUGGUGAACGAGCUCGUUGGGCGUAUCAACGGCAAGUUCGGUACAAUCGAGUUCAUGCCUAUCCACUUCUUGCACCAGUCAGUCAACUUCGACGAGCUCACAGCUCUCUACGCCGUUAGCGACGUGUGCCUUGUCAGCUCGACGCGUGACGGCAUGAACCUGGUGUCGUACGAGUACAUUGCGACACAGCGAGAGCGCCACGGCGUCAUGAUCCUGUCCGAGUUCACCGGCGCCGCGCAGAGCCUUAAUGGAAGCCUGAUCGUCAACCCAUGGAACACGGAGGAGCUGGCCAACGCCGUCCACGAUGCCGUCACGAUGUCGCCCGAGCAGCGCGAAGCCAACUUCCGCAAGCUCGAGCGCUACGUCUUCAAGUACACGAGCGCCUGGUGGGGGCAGAGUUUCGUUUCCGAGCUCACGCGCAUUAGUGCUGCCGAAGAGGGCAAGCGGAACAGCGCGGCUAACACGGCGAAGCUGGCGUUGAGGAACGCGGCCGAGAGUGUUGCAGGUGCUGCGAGCCAGGCGGUCGAAGGGGUGCAGAGCGCCGUUGCGGGCGUGUCUGGGGAGGGUAAUCAGUGA